UAAGUUUCUUAUGGUCAGUAUCAGCUAACGGCUUACACAUGUGAUUUCACAAAAUACUAAAAGAGCAUAAUGUUAUUUACAAACACGUGUGUCAUUAUUCUUUUACUGGUAAAGUUUGUAGAGACAAACAGUGUGUCUAACAUAAGAUGUUCAACAAAUGGGGAUGUAUAUAUCCGUACAGGGGAACAGCUUUCGGAUGUGAAGUCCGACAACUUGAGUCUACUGUUUGCAAGCUCAUCAGACAGAACCUGUGACCAUCAAGAGACGGGGAAUGUUGUGAAAAUAUUUGGAUGUUUGCAGCCAUAUAGAACAUCUGUGUUGGACGUCUUCUUACGAAAUGGUACACAGAGAUUGUUAAUGAUCAGGAUUUAUUGUUCCUCCGCCGAACGCAGUUGGGAUGCAAUAGGAUAUAGCACUGAUAAUGUUUUUAUUGACCGUCAUCGUCGGCAAAAUGUCUUGACAGAUGAGGACGUACGGAAAAUGGAGACAUCUGUCAUAUUUACUGUGGGAUUAAACUUCAGUAGUAACGAUGAAAUAGAUAUUGAAUGCAACCCUAAUGGAUUAGGAAUUUUGUAUCUGAGCAACCCCGAUCCAGCCUUAUAUAAAAACAUUUUGUCGUUCUCGGAGUUAACAAAGAAGAGAUGUAACGCCCAGUUUGUCUCCGAGAGAAAAUUUGUCGCCGUCGGCGGUUGUAGCUUGGACUUCCCUAUUACCGUUUCAUUUAGUAUCCAUUUAGUACAUGCUUCGGUCAUUGGAGGCGCAUCGAGAAACUUCAAGUUGUACAAUAUAACGUGCACAGACCCAGCCGUACGUAAAACCUACUUUGAAGUGUUUGAUUAUAAGAAUGCGGCAGCUGGUAACGAUGUGGAGUGGAUCUGGGUUGCCUUUAUGACUAUAACGUGGACAGCAUUUUGUGAAGUUAUCUUUUUCUAGGAAUGACAAGAUGGAAGUAUCAAUCUGUACAGGGAAGUAAGACUUAAAACGAAAUGGAACAUUUGAGCCGCACCAUGAGAAAACCAACAUUGUGCGUCUGCGACCAGUAUGGAUCCAGACCAGCCUGCGCAACCGCGCAGUCUGGUCAGGAUCCAUGCUGUUCGCUUUCAAAGCCUAUUGCAAUUAAAGAAACCAUUAGCGAAUAGCAUGGAUCCUGAAAAGACUGCGCGAAUGCGCAGGCUGGUCUGGAUCUAUGCAGGUCGCAAACGCACAAUGCUGGUUUUCUCAUGGCGCGGCUCAUUUGUAAAUAGAACGUGAGAUGCUCCUGUUGUUGUUUUUUAGGCGCGUCAGUGUUUGAUUUAUAAUACUUGUGAACAAUUUAUUGAUUACAGUAUAUGUAAGUAGUCCUGAAUUACUGAUAGAUACAGAUGAUUCCUUAGAAAACGAUCGUAUGCCUCUAUACACUGAGUGUCAAAACAAAAUAAUCCGGUGUUCACUUUAAUGACAUUGCAACUGAAAUUAAUAUUUGUAGUGCUUGCAGCUGGGGCCAGAUGUGAGUACUUUCUAGUUAUUGACUAAAAGGCAAUACAUGUACAUAUUUAGUAACGUUUUCGUGGCAUGACUUUUUUGUCUUUAUCAUUGUGCGCUUAAAUGGAACGAAUGUGUAGAUAUGGUGACACUCAUGUAAUUUUGCUCGUAAUUACAGUUACUAUAUCUUUUUAUGCCUCCGAAGGGAGGCAUAUUAGUUUUCAACUGUCCGUCCGUUCGUUCGUUCGUUCGUUCGUUCGUUCGUUCGUCCGUCACAAAGUUAACUUUUUGCAUGAAGGCGCUUUACUCGCGAACCACUGCACCCAGGACCUUCAAACUUCACCUGCUGAUAGUACUUAUUGAGUAUACUACCCCUACUGACUUUGGAGUCACCAGGUCAAAGGUCAAGGUCACAGAGGCCAACGUUAACUUUUUGCAUGAAGGCAUUUUACUCGCGAACCACUUCACCCAUGACCUUCAAACUUCACCUGCUGAUAGUACUUAUUAAGUAUACCACCCCUACUGACUUUGGGGUACCAGGUCAAAGGUCAAGGUCACAGAGGCUAACGUUAACUUUUUGCAUGAAGGCCUUUUACUCACGAACCACUGCAUCCAGGACCUUUAAACUUCACGUGCUGAUAGAACUUAUUGAGUACACCACUCCUACUGACUUUGGAGUCAUCAGGUUAAAGGUCAAGGUCACAGGGGCCAACGUUAACUUUUUGCAUGAAGGCUCUUUACUCGCGAACCACUGCAUCCAGGACCUUCAAACUUCACGUGCUGAUAGUAAUUAUUGCGUACACGACUCCUAUUGACUUUGGGGUCACCAGGUCAAAGGGGCCAAUUUUAACUUUUUGCAUGAAGGCUCUUUACUCGCGAACCACUGCACCCAGGACCUUCAAACUUCACAUGCUGAUAAUACUUAUUGAGUACACCGCCCCUACUGACUUUGGGAUCACUAGGUCAAAGGUCAAGGUCACAGUGGUCAAGGUUAACUUUUUGCAUGAAGGCACUUUACUCGCGAACCACUGCACCCAGGACCUUCAAACUUCAUAUGCUGAUAGUACUUAUUGAGUACACUACCCCUACUGACUUUGGGGUCACCAGGUCAAAGGUCAAUGCCACAGAGGUCAACGUUAACUUUUUGCAUGAAGACACUUUUCUCGCGAACCACUUCACCCACGACCUUCAAACUUCACAUGCUGAUAGUACUUAUUGAGUACACCACCCCUACUGACUUUGGUGUCACCAGGUCAAAGGUCAAGGUGCUGCGGGGGUAUUUGUCACCAUUAGUGACAGCUCUUGUUGUACGAUAAUUCAAAUCAUACAUGUAUAUAAAAUAGUGAUUGUUAAAACUGUCAGUCAACAUAAAUCACUUGUAAUAUAUGUUCAA